ACAUUUUUAUACUAGGAGUAGAUUCUCGUCCGGGUGCACAACCCAACCAGCACAGCACCUACGUACCCAAAGUCAAAACUCAAAAACGCAGCACAGAAACAGAAGGACAGAAACCGAAGGAUCGAUGGAGAUCGGCGACGACGUCGUCGUCACCAGGGCCGGGAUCACGGACGCCGCGGAGGCCACGUUCGCGGACUCCACCGAGAUCCCCGACAGGUAUGCCCGGCCGGACGAGGUCGGGGACGGGGUCGUCGUGGGCGACGACGAGAGCUACGAGCUGCCGCUCGUUGACAUGGCGAGGCUGCUAGCCUCGGAGUCCUCGGAGGCGGAGACGGCCAAGCUUGGCUCUGCGUGUCGAGACUGGGGCUUCUUCCAGCUAACAAACCACGGAGUCGACGAAUCAGUUGUACAAGGCAUGAAAGAUAACGCUAUGCAGUUCUUCCGCUUGGCGCUGGAGAAGAAGAACGCACUGGCCGUCCAUGCCGGCAGCCUGGGAGGGUUUGGGCACCACUUCACCGGAGCGUCCCGCAAGUUGGACUGGGCAGAGAGCCUCAUCCUCGCGACGCAACAGAACGAGAAAACCAGCAUGGACUUCUGGCCCGCCGAUCCACCAACAUUUAGGGACGCGCUCGGCAAGUACUCGCGCGAGGUGUCGAGCCUCACGAGGCGUCUCGUGGGGUUCAUGGCGAGCGACCUCGGGGUGGAGCCGGAGGAGCUGGACGGGGCCUUCCGUGGCAAGACGCAGAGCGUCGCCAUGCACCAUUACCCGCCGUGCCGGCACCCGGACAAGGUGAUAGGCAUCACGCCGCACCACGACGGCCUCGGGCUGGCGCUGCUGCUGCACGUGGACGACAGCCCGGGCCUGCAGGUGAGGAGGGGCGGCAGGUGGUUCCCGCUGGACCCGCUGCCGGGCGCCCUCGUCGUCAACGUCGGGGACAUCCUCCAGGUCCUCACCAACGGCAAGUACAGGAGCGCCGAGCAUAGGGUGCUGGUGGACGCCGAGAGGGGGCGGGCGACCGUGGUGAUGUUCCAGGACGCGUCCGUCGCCGGGACGGUGAAGCCGCUGCCGGGGCUCGGCGAGGCCAGGUACAGGGCGAUCGAGUAUGGCGAGUAUGUCAAGGGGAAUUUCAGGGGGCUGGCUGAAGGGACCAGGUUCGUCGACAGCCUCGAGAUGGACAUAGCGUAGGACGGCGCGCGGGCGUCUUCAAGAGAAGAAGAGAGCCGAACAACACUCGAAUUAUUUAGUUGUACGUACAAUGUUUGCCCUGAAUAAAUUCACAUGUUGCGCGCGUA